AAAGAGCAAAGGGCUCCUUGGUGAUUCCUGUCGCAGCCACCACUCAUGUUAACAAAAAAGGAUGUUUGUAUAUGAAAAACACACAAGAUUGAGUUAUUCAGGAUAACCAAAAUUUAAAGAAUGUAGUACCCGCAUGGAUUCAGCAGAAAUAACACAGCAAAAAACAUCAUCAGUGUGAGAUAUUUGCAAGCAGUAAAAGCACAGUGAAACAGACUGGUGCAGUGAAAAUGGAUGAUGCCUAUACUGAUAAUAGAGAACUUGAUAUCCCUCAACAUGACAAUGACGAUUCAGAGAGAGAAGGACAGAAGCACAUGCCCAUCCGCAGGAAUUCUUUAUUUUAUCGAUCUAUGAGGAAGAAACGGCAUACCAAGAGUCAGUAUGAAACUGCACAACAAACUGACAAGAGCUGCAUGAAGGAUAAUGGGCUGCAGGGAAGACCAAUUCAGCUAGGACGCACUCCCAAACACUUGGAUUCAUUGCCUUGCUGGAAAAUCCCCAUGAACACUCCUCAACACAUGCAGAGAUCACCACUGUUCAGCAACAACCUUGGGUCAUCAGUACCAAACAACACUGGACUUAAGGACUGGUGUAGUGGCGAUACAAAAAUGCUGCCCAGUUGUUAUGGGCCUUUGCCAGUUUUGGGACUAAAUGAGAUACAAAAGGAAAAUCACUCGCAAAGAUGCAGUGACUCCCAAAGUUGUCAAUUGGCAUCGAACACUGAAAAUCUAAAAAAAGAAACCAGUUCCAUUUCAAUUCAGAGUAAAGUUACUUGCACAGAAACUCUGACCGGUGAUCUUGGCUCCUGCUCUCUCGGAGAAACUCAACAGAGAAGUCAGUCCCUUGAAGAAAGAAGCUUCAAAAUAACUUCACUGGGAAAUGUUCAAGAGAAAGAAAACUCAAGCAGAUUCCUUGAAACAAGCUCAGAACAAAAUGGAAAUUCUCCAGCAAAUGCUUCCGUAUCCAGAUUCAGGAAUGUUUGGCAUUUUGUUGAAAACAUAGAACUCCUGUAUCAGGAAUAUCGGGAAAAGAGUACGUAUCAAGAGAUUGAGACAAGACGCAUGCAGGAUUGCACUGAAAAGAACAGAUCAGAGUUUGCAAAUGAAGCCAAGCCUCAGGAAGUAAAAACUGACUCCAGUAUUGCCACUCAAGUGCCAUCACAACCAGUUAAACUCAGUCCGAGUACAAAUAAUUUGGGCAUGAAAUUAUGGCAGAACACAGAGAAAGUAAGAAACAGCACAGUGUUGAGUACUCUCAGUCGCAAGGAAAUUAAACUCCAGGAGGCAAUGUUUGAGCUUGUCACAUCCGAAGCUUCUUACUACAAGAGUCUGGAGAUCUUGAUUUUCCACUUCAUGAAAUCUGAGCAACUCAGUGAGACACUCACUCCCAUUGAGAAACAUCAUAUUUUCUCCAACAUCCUUGAAAUCAAAGCAGCUAGUGAAAGAUUCUUUCGUGACCUGGAGCACCGUGUGGAAGAGGACAUCGUAAUCUCGGAUGUCUGUGAUAUCGUGUACGAACACACAGUUGGCUGCUUUAAUGUCUACAUCCCAUAUGUUACAAAUCAGAGCUACCAAGAGGCGGCUUAUCGACGAUCAAUGGAGAAUAACCUUCAGUUUCGUAAUGUGAUGGCUGAACUCGAGAAAGACCCGAAAUGUAGAGGACUUCCCUUUCCCUCCUUUCUCAUCCUGCCUUUUCAAAGGAUAACUCGUUUAAAGCUACUGGUACAGAAUAUCUUGAAAAUAGCUGAAGAAGAGUCAAAGAGAGAAAGCACAGCCGUGAGGGCACAUAGAGAAAUUGAAAAGGUAAUCAAAGAGUGCAGUGAACGUGUGAAAAAAAUGAGCAGAACUGAACAGUUGAUCAAUUUUGAGAAGAAACUAGAAUUUAAAGUCAAGUCUGUGCCAAUUAUCUCCCAUUCCCGGUGGCUGCUGAAGGAAGGUGAACUUGAACAAAUGUCUGUACAGAAAGCAACACGAACAUUUCGGAAGAAGAAAUUAUUCAAGCCGGUCUACCUGAUUUUGUUCAAUGACCUUUUUCUAAUAACCAGGAAACAAUCCUAUGGUGACAAAUAUGAAGUGUUUGACUACGCACUUCGCGGUUUACUUCGAGUUCAAGAGCUGGAAGAUCAAGGGCAGGCACUAGCAAAUGUCUUCACUCUUCGACUCUUGGAGAAUAGUAAUGACCGGGAGAUUCAAUAUAUGCUGAAAGCAAAGUCACUAAGCGAUAAGAAACGCUGGGUGCAUGCACUCAUGCCAAACCGAAGAACUAAAUAUGUUUCUCCCAGCUCCUUGCAUUGGGAUUGUCCUCAGGUGCAGUGCAUCCAGAGAUACACAGCACAGGAACCCGAUGAACUCUCACUGGAAGCUGCUGACAUCCUCAGUGUUGUUGAAUGGACGUCUGACGGUUGGAUAUUAGGAGAUCGCUUGCAUGAUGGAGAGAAAGGCUGGUUCCCGAGCCCAAUGGUUGAAGAGAUCAAGAAUCCACAGCUCCGAGCUCAGAACAGAAAAGAAUGCUACCGAAUCUAUAAGGCAGAAGAAUGCCAUGGCAAUAAAAGCAAAGAAGGGAGAAAAAUUACCAACAAAAAUGUGAUCCAACAGCAGUGAUCAAAUUUUGUAUUUUGUUCAGCUUGUAUUUUUGGCAGGUUGUGAAACUCCCACCAUUCUGCAUGGCAGUGCUAGCAGUGAAUUUUUUUGCCAGAAAACUGCAGAUUGUGAACAGUUUUUAUUUAAUUUACAGACUGCUGCACCUUUUUAAAUUAUUUCUUCUGCACAGUGAAAGCACGAUUGAAGUGAAUGUGUUUCAUCGACAGAAUGUAGCCACUAAGCACAAUGACGGGAAAUUAUUUGAACUUUUUAUUUAACCAAAUAGUAGUUAAUUCCAAUUGAAAUAUAACGGCAGCUAUUAAGACAGAGAAAAAAUAUAUAUAUACAUGAAUCAGAGUAAAUCUUGCUGCGCUGGGAUAAAACUUAUAUGACAAAUAUUCAGAGGAUAAAUUUUAAGAUGGAGUGCCCCAGCUAGAAUCUUGAAAGAAAUCCAUUAAGAAUUAAACUCUGCAAUAUAGUUGAAAGCUGCAAAUCUCUUUACACAACAGUGAAGAUGAAGUAGAGCUUUCAAUCUGAUGCCAUUGGGGUUCUUAUAAAAGCCCAUACAAUUAAAUAUUGUGUAGGAUUUAACAAAAACAAGUUUCCAUAUGUGGAAUUUAGUUUAAUUCUGGUUUUUAACUCGUGGCAUUAUUACUUGCUAUGUUACCUCCUAACUUCAAACCAAGGCUCAUAAAUUAAUCUUGAUUACAAGAAUCAAGAUGAAACCAUUACUUGAAAUAAAUAAAUUAAGUGAAAGUACAAAGCAAAAAGCUUACAUAUAAGUUUGGGCGGGAAGGUGCUACUGUAUAUUAUGUAUCCAAAAUAUCCAAGAAAAUUUAUUCAAUUUCUUAAUAGACUCUGUGGCUAUAUCCAUAUGCAAUACAUGUCAGAGAAAAGAGAAAAUGACUACUGUUUAGUAUUUCGCUAUAGCCCAAAAAACAACUCUGGUAGUUGGUUUUAAAGGUUAAAAAACGGAGGGAAACUGGCAACUGUUAACUUGCCAAGGCCUCAGCACUCCAGUGUACCCAAAAAGACAUGUUGCAUGGGCAAUGCAGCAGCUUGUCACCAAAACUGUGGUUGGGUGCCAUUGUCUGCAAAGUAUCUGGGCCAACUGAUAGGGAAUUGCACAUUAAAAAAAAAUCAAAAUGUACCUCAUAGGAUUUGGAUCAGAUGCCAAUCUAGUACAAUCAGAUGGUCACAAAGCUGAUUAGGCCAAAGCUAGGGAGGGGGGUGUGGGGGUUACCAACAGAAGGAGGAUUUGAUGUCUAUGUUGUGGUCAGGAAUAGCGUGAGAUGGUGUUGUAAAAGGAUUGCAGCCAAGCACUAGGUACAAGAUGGGUUCCCAGUAUGGAGCAAAUGAAGCAAGCACUAUGUUGUGGUAAGUGUUGAAGGGAUAGGAGAUGUUGGGAUGGAGUUGAGGUUGGAGACUAAGAUCUUCAUUGGGGUACUCAAGGCAAUCCAUUUUCAGUUAGAUUGGCUUGACUUGAGAUCGGAAGGUCAAAAGGAGAAGGAGAUCAGAAAAUCAGAAGGUUGCAUUAUUAGUGUAAAGGAGGUUGGUAGUCAGGAGACUGGAGGGCUGGAGGUGGAGUGUCCUGGAGUCACGAUCUGUUUUUCAGGAGAGAGUGCUUGGGUGAGCUGGCAAUGCAUCAGGGUGUAAAGGGUUAUGGGCAGACCAUUUAGAGUCCACAAUGAAACAAAGUGAGAAAGACCAAAAUGAGAGGAGUCAUAGUCUAGUGUAGCAGGCACAGGUGUGUUUUGUAGUUUGCUCUGGGAUCAUACUGGGCAGAAUUUCCUACAAUAUCCCAGAAACAUUAUGUUCAGUGAAUAACGGAAAUCAAACUUAGGAUACCAAGAGGACUUGUGUCUACAAGUGCUGGAUUGAGAUGAAACCACUCAGAAACACUUUCACCUUGAAAUAUAUUGAUUUGCAAAUUGUUGAACACUAUUGUUGAAAAAGACAUUAAUGCAAAAUUGAAUUUCUAGGCUGAUGACUAUAAGGGUUUUUUUUCUGUAAACUAUGUUAUCACUGAUUUAAUUGCACUGAAGUUAGAGUCUAAAGGAAAGGGAAAAGAACUGGUAUUAGCGCCAAUCCAAUUUCAGCUCAGUUUCUGCCAGUUUUAUACGCUCUAUCGGAGAGGUUCCCAUCCUGGAGUCCAUGGACCCCUUACUUAAUAGUAUUGGUCCAUGGCAUAAAAAAAGUUGGCAACACCUGCUCUAUAGCUAUCGUCUCAGGAUGAAUCAGACUGUUCCUUCCUUGGGAUCUCAUUUAACCAACCAUGAAUCCUCUUCAUCACAAAGACUGCCUAUUCUUUAGUCUCUAAAAUAUAGCUUGCAUCUGCUCUGCCCCAACCAGUCCCAUGCUGAAAACUUUAUCCAAUGAUCCCAAAAAAUCAUUAAGGCGCAUAUUGCCUGAAUCUCUGACUCCAGUAGAGGUUUGAGUAAGGGUUGGAUAGAUGCCCCAUUUUUUCAGAUAAAAUGUUAAGCUUAAAUCUUUUAUUCACUUUAAAGUGAAUGCGAGUCAUCCAACACCAUUACUUUGAAAAAGAGCAGAAAAGUUAUAUCCUGUUGUCUUGGCUCAUAUUUGUUCCUCAACCAACAUCAGUACAAGAAUGAGGGAAUUGUAUUGUUUUUUUUUGUGGGAGAUUGCAAAGUGUAAAUUGAAUGCUAUUUUCCUACCUUAAAUUGGUGACCUUACUUCUAAAGUAUUUCUGGCUAUAAAACAAUCUGGGAUGUUCUGUGAAAGAUGUGCUUUAAAAUAAAUGCAUGUCUUCCUUGGUGUCAGCGGAGCUGAUCACUAAGAACAGAAGAAAUUACAUAAAUUUUACAACAACAUGAAGGGAGAUUUAAGAUCUUUUCAGCAUUAAUUGUGUCAGAAUUUUAUUAGCAUUAAUGUAGGUUGGAGAUGUACUCUACUCUCAUUUGUUAUCAGAUGUAUUGUAGUGUUAUAAUUAUUUGGGGCAGAUUUUCCUCUGAGCAUAAAUAAUGACCCAGAAACAUGGAGGAAGUUGACCUAUCUAUGUUCUACAUAGUGCUAUCAUUGGCUGAACUCUCUAACAGCAAUGCAGCACACCAAGAGGUUCAGAGUAAAAUGGUGUAAAAUUACAGAUAUAAAUAUUGUGGUUCUGAAUUAGUCAUUAAGUGAACUGUUAAGCAUUUUCAAACAUCUCAACAAACAUGAGUAAAGAACAAACAAAAAUUAAUGUCUUGCAUUGUAAAACAGUUUCGGCAACUUGUGAAGAGUUUUGUCGAUUAAGUGGUCCUUCAUUUUACACAGAUGCAGAAUUUCUGUAAUCACACGAAGAGGACGAUUAAAAUAGCAGUGUUAUAAUAAAUCAGUCCAGUGAAGUUUUUGUGGUUAUGUCUGUCAAACGUGCAAUUAUGCAUGUUUAUUUGAUCUGCAAUCCCUGUAGGAUUUAAAAUCGCUUCAACUCAUAGUUGAUAAGUAGCACCGUAAGUUUAAUCUGAGCUAAGUCACACAGCCACAAGGCAUAUUUUUAUGAUUAUGCUAUGCCAGAACACCUCCAUCUUCGUCUCAUUAAUUUUCUAAAGCUACCAUUUGCAUUAGGAAUAUUAAGCAUGUGAAUAUUUAUAGAGAGACCACCUACACAUGGGAGGUCCAUUUAAAAUUUUGCUUCAAUCACUGGUUUUACUAGCUUAUACAGAAUGGGAAUAUAGUCAGUUGUUAACAUCCCCUGCAGCUAGGAGAUGGUUACUGAACAACACAGGAUUUGUGAAGCAUUAGUCUGAAUGCUGCCAUUGUAACUAUAGAUUAAAAACCAGCCAACCGUGGGCAUGUUUGUCAAAACUACUUUUAUUUAAGAAGCAUGAUUUCUCUUACUUUUUUUCCAUCAGGAUUAAAAUUUGAUUGUGGUACAAAUACAGCUCACCAAUGUUCAACUCUAAUUUAUCAUGCAGCAGAUGAUUUACCAUAAAACUACUGAAUGAUGACUCCCUAUUUUUGAGCGUAAAGCAUGAGAGGACCAGAUUGUUACAGCACUUAUGAAAUUACUUGUGACUGCUGUGGUACACAUUAUGUCAUAUUUUCCACCUGUUCAAAGUACACCGAAUGUGCAAAAAAAGAGCAAAUUAUGCAAACAAUAAAAAGUAAGCCAACAACGCUCAGAACUAAAGUUCACAGAAGUGUAAUGGGGAUUGUGAAAAAAUAGAUAAAUGAACUUAAGUAUAGAAUUAUAGUUUAGAUGGGGUAAUUCAGUGGGGUUCAGCAGUAUCAGGUGUUUGCAUAAACUUGGAUGAUGUUUGAGGGGACUCAGGACAGAUAUGGAAUCUUGGAGUACCAGAAGGAAGUCUGAGAGCGAUUUGGUCUGUGAAUGCAUAACGGGCUAAGGUCUGGAGGUACUUGGGAGAGUGUGGCCACCAAGGUUAUUUGCCACAGACUUGACAUGAAGGAUGUGACACAUAACUGAUAAUUGCAGUGGGUUCUCAAGUAUUCUGGGUGCCUGAGACUAUGGUAUACUUCAGUAUCACUACGAACAAAGAUGUGGUGGGUAGUUCAUGGCGUGUUAUUGCGUCUAUGUUUUGGAGCAUUUUCAGGACCUGGAUGUCAUGUGUGGGUUGGGGGUUCUGGGAUAGUUCACAUUAAUGCUAAAUUAUCUGAGGACUCCUUGAUUUUGUUGGAGAGAGGAUGAGAAUAUGAUACAAGAGCUUUUAUGAAGGGAUUGAGUGUGGGUGGAGCAUUUUCAGCAAUCUCACAUUCAUGCUCUUGGAGAGCACCCAAACUGCAACCUGACAAUGUAGGGACAAGGGUGAGUCAAACCGCUG